AUGGAUAAAGAUUUAGUUGAGCUUGCACUACAAGUGCGAUAUCGUGUUGAGAAAGAUGAAAAGAAAGCGUCUGAAUUUUCUAAUAAAAUGAAGGAUCUACUCAAUUUCGAUGCAAAGAAUAAUGAAGCAUUGAAUAAUUACUUAUUAUUCACUGCUCUAGAGCCUGGAUAUAAGGAUGAUGUUGAUGGAAUAAUUAAGAAUGAUUGUAUAGUUGAGAAUGAUUACUGUUCUGAAGCUAAAACAUUUAAACAAUCUGUUGCUAAUAAGAGUUUCGUAAGAAGAAUAAAUACUUGCGAAAGAUAA